AUGUUCCUAAAAGUGAGUACAAACUCCGCUCCAGACUUCUACUGGCUUCCGGUAUUCUUCUACGAUGAGCCCUACUGGAUGCAAGUUCUGGUGAGCUGCAUCGAAAUAUUUUUAUACAUAUCAUGUGGUUACGUGCUCCUAGUCAGUAUAAGAAUUAUGCACAAUUAUCGAUUAUUUCACGACAAUUUGCAUUUUAUUGGAAUGUCGGUUUACGGAUUGUGUUUUAGUUUGAUGUUUGGGAAAUUGAUAGUUAUAGCCUAUCGGUUGGAGUUUAUAAAAUUGAAUAUUAAAAUUGGAGAACAAUUAGUUUUAUGGACUAAUGACCCUGAUCAAAUGCUCAAUGUGCAGUCGUUAGAUGGUUUAGUACCGCUUUUUGUCGCUGGAUUUUUGAUAUUUCAUUUUGGAUUUUCGGUGGUUUUUGUGUGCCUUGCUAUUGUGGCAGAGAGGGUCAUAGCUUCCAUGUUGAUAGACAACUACGAGAAAAGCAAAUACCACCUAAUACCCAUAAUUCUAACAAUUUCUUAUCAAUUUUGCUCGAUUUCCAUAUCCCUGGCACUGAUAUUCAAUAAGGCGGGGCUCAUAAUUUUCAAUGGCUCCUGGAUGUUUGCAUUUUCUAUCGGAUCAUUUAUGUACUUCUACAUCAAAAAAAUCAAUACAAAAUUGCUGCGAGAAAUGGAGCAUCCUCACCGGAAGCGGGUCUUCACAGUAUCUCAACGAUUCCAGGUUCGGGAAAACCUACGAGCACUGGCGAUUGGGAAGCGGCUGGUGUUCACGGUGCUCGGCGCCAUGAUAUCCUGUGGAUUUGGAAUUUUAGUGCUACUUUAUGGCAUUGUAAUACCUUUUUCGAUUCAUAUCGGCGAAAAUGUAUUUUUCUGGCAAGUUUUCCAUUUUUAGAACAUAUAACUAAUUUUUUAAAAUUUCAGCUACCCCUUAAUUGUGCUAACAGUUGUAAUGAACGGACAUCCGACUUGGAAAACGCAAUUCCAGAAGGCAUUUCCUCGAAUUUCAAUUUUAAAAAAAACGAAGGAAACAUGA